AUGUCACUCAAGAAAUCAAAAUGGCACUGUCCAUUGAAAUUAACUCGACCAACACUUCCUUUGGAUGAAGAAAACGUAAUUGAAUAUCAACCGAAAACACUUAAUCAUCAUAAUCAAGGACGCCGACAAUUUUUACCGACGUUUCCAAAUCAAACAAAUCAAUCGAUGCAAAAUGCACCACUACUUUUAGCUAGUGUACCAGCAGAGAAGUUAUCGGUCAUUGAAUUAACGCGACGAGGUCCAGGCGUUUAUCUUGAUCCAAUAAACUCGAAAUCUAACCAACAAAUACCGUCUUAUCUCUAUUUAAUUUAUGAUAAUUGA